CGAAAGAAUAGAAGAAAGGAGAAAACUGGUCAGAAAGUGAAUAAAAAGUGAAUAAACGUUGGUAAAAAAGACGCAAGUGUGAAAAGAAUUAAAUCGCGCACGUAAAAAACUUGUAUAAUUUUCUAGAAAUUAAGUUAAUUUAUUAAAAAAAUAUAAUAAAAAUUAGUAAAAUGCAACUGUGGAAUCUUAGAAAAUGUUAUUAUUUUGCAAUAUUUAUGAUAUUCUAUGUUUUCUACCAUCCCACAGAUAGUGGGGCGGUAUCAUUGACCAGUGAAAAUAUUGAUAUGACUUUAGCCUCCAAUGAAUUGGUAUUUUUAAAUUUUUAUGCAGAAUGGUGUCGUUUUAGUAAUUUAUUAGCGCCCAUAUUCAAUGAAGCCGCCGAUAAGGUUAAAGAAGCUUUUCCCGAAGCUGGCAAAGUUGUAUUGGGUAAAGUAGAUUGUGAUAAGGAAACAUCAGUAGCAUCACGUUUCCAUAUUACCAAAUAUCCCACAUUGAAAAUUGUACGCAAUGGACAAUUAAGUAAACGUGAAUAUCGUGGUCAGCGUUCAGCAGAGGCUUUUGUAGAAUUUGUUAAGAAACAAUUAGAAGAUCCCAUCAAAGAGUUUAAAACUUUAAGAGAUUUGGAGAAUUUAGAUUCUAAGAAACGUAUUAUUAUCGGUUAUUUUGAUCGUCGUGAUCAACCUGAAUAUGAUACCUUCCGCAAAGUGGCUACAAAUCUCAAAGACGAUUGUCAAUUCCAUGCUGGUUUUGGUGAUGCUGCUCAGGCUAUGCAUCCACCAGGAGUUGAUGAUAAACAACUAGGUAAUAUUACACAGAAAUUAGCUUUAGGUUCACCAAUUAUUGUCUUCAGACCCGAUGUUGCUGUAACACAUGAAAAUGAUGAAACUUAUACUGGCAGUUUGAAGAAUUUCGAUGAAUUGAAAAUAUGGAUUCAAGAGAAAUGUGUGCCGUUGGUGCGUGAAAUAACAUUUGAAAAUGCUGAAGAAUUAACCGAAGAAGGUUUACCAUUUUUGAUUCUUUUCCAUCAUCCCGAUGAUACCAACUCCAUUAAAGAUUAUAAGGCCAUAAUAGAUCAUCAGUUAUUAGAUGAAAAACAAAACAUUAAUUUCCUUACGGCUGAUGGUAAACGUUUUGCUCAUCCUUUACAUCAUUUGGGUAAAUCGGAAGAAGAUUUGCCAUUGAUUGCCAUCGAUUCAUUUAGACACAUGUACUUAUUCCCCAACUUUAAGGAUAUGUACACGCCCGGUAAACUAAAACAAUUUUUACAAGAUUUAUAUAGUGGAAAGUUACAUCGUGAAUUCCAUUAUGGUCCUGAUCCCUCUACUAAUGAGGUACAAAGUGAAGUUGUAAAUACCUCGCCGCCAGAGUCAACAUUCAAGAAAUUGGGUCCUUCUAAGAAUCGUUAUACUCUGCUGCACAAAGAUGAAUUGUAAAUUGUAAAUAAUUAUUCUUCUUUUUCUUCUUCUUCUUCUAAAACCAGCACAUAAAUAUUUAACAUUUACAUUAUUUUUUAUAUUGUUUAAUGAAAGUAUUGAAAUGUGCCUGUAUAAUUCCAGUUUCUUUUCUACAAUUUAUUUUCUUUUAGAAAAUAAUAUUUUUAAAAGUUUUCUUUACCAACAACUGAAUAAUUAUUUUUUUAUACAUAAAUAAUUUAAUUGAUUUGAAUUAUUUUAUAAUACACAAGCUAUUUAACGUAAUUAUAUUUUGUGUGUCCCUCCCUCCUCUACUCCUGUACUACUCUAGGAUCUUUUUUUUUAAAUAAUAUGCUUUAAAAUGUAAUUGUUGAUUUAAACAA